AUGAAACAGUUCCGGAAGUUGUCCGGCUUUCGGAAGAGGGGCAGUGAAGAUCGCCGUGAGCCACUCUCAGAGCAGCUUGAAUCCGCCUCCAUCAGAGCGGUAAGUCCCUCGAGGCGGUUGUCUGCCACAGGCGAGGCGUCCGAGUUUCCUCCAGGGGGGAUUACUCGAUCUCUCUCCGCUGGCACCAUAGAUUCGGCGUAUUCCUCCGCCCCAAACAGCGUUCGCGGGCCAGACUCAGGGCCGCUCGGGCUACGCGUCGUCUACACCCCGAACAAUGGACACAAGGCCGACAUCGUCUUUGUCCACGGACUUGGUGGGACGAGUCGGUGGACUUGGUCGAAGAACAAGAACCCGGAGCUGUUCUGGCCGCUCACCUUUCUGGCGCUCGAGUCGGAUCUCUGCUUGGCGCGAACCCUGACGUACGGGUAUAACUCGGCGUUUCACAAGGCAGGUGAUGGCAAGACUUCGGUACUCGAUUUCGCCGAGAACUUACUUCACGACCUGAAGUACGCGGAGGAUGAUGACAAUAAUAACCUCAAUAUUGGUUCUGUGCCUCUGAUUUUCGUCGCGCAUAGCAUGGGAGGCCUCAUUGUGAAAGAAGUCUGCAUACAAGGCUCUCGCCGCCCAGAAUACGAAAACAUCAUCAACGCCGUCGAAGCUCUCGUCUUCCUAGCGACGCCUCACCGUGGCGCCCAGGUAGCGCAGCUCUUGAACCGGAUCCUGCAGAGCGUGAUAGUAUCGAAAGGCAAGCAAUAUGUCAAUGAUCUUUUACCGACGUCAUUCACGCUGGAAAGUCAGGCCGAGAGCUUCCGGCAUAUUGCGAAACGGUUCAAGCUGGUCUCCUUCUACGAGACGCAACCGACAUCAAUAGGGCUCAAGAAUGCCAAAGUCAUGCUGCUCGGAAAGGAAACAUCCGUCCUGGGUUACCCCGACGAGAUUUCGAGGGCACUCGAUGCCGACCAUCACAACGUCUGCAAGUACAACAGUCGCCAAGAUCCCAACUACCUCAUCGUCCGAAGUGCACUGAGGGACUUGAUGAGGAAGGUUGUGCAGCGGACCUCGGCGAAUGCACCCCAGCGCCGAGCCAGUGCCGAGCAACCAGUUGACACGACAAACCUGGAUACCCUACCGGAUCACGGAAGUGUCGAUAGUCUGAAGGCACUGUUAGCACUCAAGGAGCUCCCAAGCGACGACUUAUUAUUCUAUCGCGGCCAAUGGAAAGCUGGCACCUGCGAUUGGAUUCUCGACGAACAGGACUACCAAGACUGGUCCCGCUCAGAGCAGCCAUCAUCGCGACUUCUGUGGAACAGUGGAGGUGCCGCAACAGGCAAAUCGGUACUUUCGUCCUAUGUGAUCAAGGAACUGGAAGACCGAAAUGCUGUGAGACUCAUUACUCUGAAAGCAGAGAAUCUCGAUUUUGAAGCUAUGGAUGCCAAGUCCGUGUGGGAGCGGCUAUUCAGAUCUAUUCUCUUCCGAACAGAACAGGCUACGCCUUCAUUUUGGGUGAUAGAUGGCCUAGACGAGGCAGAAAAUCCUAGAGGCUUCUUGGAGCUCAUUCAAGAGCUCCUGUCCUCUUCCCCCAUGAUCCGCGUCUUGAUUACCAGCCGAAAUACCCCGGAGCUCAUUGCUGCGUUUGAGCCAUUGUCUCCCGCUGCCAUCAGCCUUGGUGGCCGAUUGGAAGACAUCCGUCACUUCAUUCGGGCCGAGGUCCUCUUCACGGGGAGCCCUGAGCUAAAGGAGAAACUCAUUAACACGCUGAUGAAGCGAGCCGAGAACAACUUUCUCUUUGUGAAACUGGUUGUGGCCGAGCUGAACUCGUUGCAAAACCGAAGCUACGACGAAAUGAAACAAGCCAUAUACGGCUUCCAGAAAGGCAUGGAUGCGCUCUAUGACCGCAUGGCCCGGACAAUCGCCCAGAGCUCGCAACAAGACAGAGCCAUGGCGACCAAGGUCCUCCAGUGUGUCAACUGCGCAAACCGAGCACUGACGGUGCGCGAGAUGGCGCAGAUCAUAGGGCAAGAAUUGACUCACGAGGACCACUUUCGAGCAUCUCUCGUCGGAGUCUGCUCUGGUUUCAUCAUAAUCGAGGAAGGUAAUGACAAAAAGGAUGAAUCGCUUGGCCCGAGACUGGCCAUGAUCCAUCAGACCGCGAGAGAGUACCUAUUCAGCAUGAGUGAUCAUCCGUUCAAGAUAGACAAGCGUGCUGCUCAUUCACAGAUGUUUCACAGCUGCAUGGCGACCUUGAUGCAGCCCAACGAUCUCAAGACCAAGAUUCGAAAGAACCAAGCGGUCGAGUUCCUGGACUACUCUGCGAGCUUCUGGUCCUACCACCUCUCCAUGACUCCUCCAGGCGAUUCGACUGUCCUCGAAACGCUAAGGAAGUUCCUGACAGAGACCAAGUCCAACAAGGAAUGGGUGUUGAUCUGGAUCCAUUACUUGGCAUCCAGUGCGCGGCUGCGAGAACUUCCUCAUGCUUCCAAGAGAUUAUCGGACUAUGCCGCAAAACUGAAGGUGAACACGUUUUGGCAGCAAGACAACAACCAGCAACAGAUUAUGCAAUUAUACGAGCUGCUCGAUAACUGGGCCAUCGAUCUCAUCAAGAUUGCUGGGAAGUUCGGCGCAGUCCUACUCCGCAACCCCCGUCUCAUUUACAAGUCCAUCCCGCCAUUCUGUCCACGUGGCUCGCCCAUCUACCAGCAAUUCGGACAGAAGGAGGCAAAGAACCUUUCCGUAUCUGGCGGCCUCUCGUCAAUGGAGAAGUGGGAUGAUUCCCUGGCAAGGAUGACGUUUGGGACCCGCGUGGCAUCUACCGCUGUCUCUGCGGCAGGAUCGCAAAUUGCGGUCCUGGCUCCGACCGGAAAGGUCUUUAUGUACGAUUCAUCGACCUUUGAGCAGACGACAUACAGCCCCUUUGACAACCUCGAGCGCAUCUCCCACAUGGCGCUUACCAGCACAGGGAGCCUACUUGCGUCCUACGGCUCCGAGAUGACCAAGAUCUGGGAGGUUUCGACAGGCGUGUGCAUCGUCUCGGCAAACAAUCUCGAAUUCAGACCGAGACCCCACGCAAUGAUCUUCACGAACGAGGACAAGACACUCCUCGUGGCCUUUGACGACAGAAUAGUCCGAGCACUUGACCUCCGCGAACCUUCUCCGGCAUGGAGUGAAUACGCGUAUAUAGACGAGAAGGAGUUGCCUGGGCAUUUCCUCAACGCCCCAAGCCACAUGGCGCUGAACCCGGACGGGACCCGGCUCGCCAUAUCCUACAGAGGGUAUCCCCUCUCGGCGUGGAAGCUGAAGCCUGAUGGUCGACCUAAACACAGUGGGCACUGCUGGCGCCGAGGCCAGUCGAGAAAGAAGCGCGGAGAGGUAGAAGACUUGGUGUGGCACCCGAACUACAAGCUCUUGCUCGGUGUCUACUCGGGCGGCACCGUCUUCAAAUGGCGCCCGGGCUUCAAGGACUCGACGAGCAAGCGGCCGCGGUGGGAGCCUAAAGAGAUUUCCAUAGGAGCAUCGAAGAUCGCCAUGAGCCGGGACGGCCAGCUGUUUGUGACCGGUGACCCGCGUGGCACGGUCAAGAUCUACACGACGCUGGGCUUCCACCUGCUGUACCACCUCGCGUCCGAGGACAUGAUCGGCGGUAUCACCUUCAGCCCUGACACCCGAAGGCUGUACGACACGAGAGGAUUCUACGCCAGUGCCUGGGAGCCGACGGCUUUGGUGCGGUGGGCGGAGCAGAUUCGGGGCAGAGCAGGCUCGUUUGACAGUGUCAGCGAGACGAGUGUGGGCCACGACUCGGCUGUCUCUGUGACCUGGACGCCCACCUUGGACGCCCUUACUGUGAUUGCCACGCCAGCUUCCGGGUCACAGAUCUACUGCACUGGGACUGCGAGCGGAGGCGUCUCCCUCCAACACACACAACGGGGCAAGCUCGUCGACAUCCAAGUUGCAAAGAACCUCUUUGGAAUUGAGACAAUGGCCAUGAGCCGUCAUGGAAAGGAAGUAUGUUUCACCGACACCAUCAAGACGCUCGUUAUCGCCUCGAUUGCCUUUGAUAGCAAGAAACCCGAGUCAGUGGCAGUCGAGACCCAGACCGAGAUUCACCUGGGCGAUACUGUCAAAGGUGCGAUACUGGACCUUGUCUUCCACCAGGACAGUACACAUAUACUGGUACAGGGGUCCUCGUCCAUACACACCAUCUCCCUUGACAGCUUGCUAGUUGAGUCGUCUGUCGAGCUGGACGCCACGGAUAUGAGAUGGAUCUCGCAUCCCCACGACAAGUCGAGAAUCAUUGGCCUGUCCACAACGAUGGCAUACAUCUAUGAUUGGAACCUGCAACCGUUGCACCGCUACAGUCUUCUCCAUGACACGGACACCCUCGACAAUGAGUUCUCCAUAGCCGAGAGCAAAGUCGACCGCAUUCUUCCCUCCACCAACGGAAAGUACAUCCUGGUACAAGUCUCUCCGCAUGGUAGGCAGACGUCAUCGCAGGAGAGGUCUUUCUACUGUGUUGAUGUGUCACUACUGCCAUCAUCGAAGACAGAUCCGUUCAGGAUUAACAGGGACCCUGAUAUUGAGACGAUUCCCGUAUCAUCCGAGGUAGCCUCGCAGAUCGGGGCAGCCUUGGGGUUUGUCAAGGGAAAUCGACUCGUAUUCCUUUCCAAAUCCUUCUCAAUCUGUUUCUGGCAGAUUGACUUCAGCCAGAUCAGCCAUCACCAAGCACCGGUUGUCAUCACGACCGAUGCAGACGUGGCUCUAGACGCGCCCCUAUCGCCAGACCCGAGUCUUCAAUCUUCCUCUUCCCCAGGGCGGCGAACGUCAGCCGGCUCGAUCCUGUCAUCUUCGUCGAUCCGCGAGCUGUUCCCGCUUCCUGGGGACUGGGUCAGCUACGACUCGCUAAUGGUGUCUGCUCUCUGGACGCGAGAAAAGUCGUUCUUGUGUCCAAAGGGUGGCGAGGUGGCUAUCGUCAGAACGCCAGAGUUGAGCGUUAGCAAGGACUGA